UAGGGAUUGCCCGAUCGGAAAACACCAGAUUUCUGGCAUCCCCUUUGCAUCACCACAUCAACCACGUUUCGAUUGCUUCAUAUUCCUCAUGCGAUUCGGUUACAAAUAGCACAAACCCGACCAAUACGGCGUUCGCCUCUUCGACGACGCCCUUUUUUGUGCCAUUGUUCUCUCCCAAAGAAGCCACUUUCCCUCUUCCCGCAUUCUCGACGGCCAAACUUAAAACCUAUUUAAUCUUCAACCCUCGACGUACGACCAACGAAUCGUACCUCGCAACUUCUACAGACAUCUAGCGACCUCAGAACAACCAAAAAUUUCGAUGCCCAGCGCAACGGCUUCCGGAGCUGAUACGGGUGGCUCGGCUCGAUCUCGCGAUCAUAAGCAGGGUAACCAGGGACGAUCUUUCACCCCAGACCAAGAGGCAGCAGUCAUUCGUAUCCGAAGAUGCGAGGCCACUGCGUUUUAUGACAUCCUAAAUCUUUCGAGCGUCAAGGACACAUGUACCGAGGCUGAAAUCAAGAAGGCUUAUCGGAAGCUGUCGCUUCUGACCCACCCUGACAAGAAUGGACACCCUCAUGCGGACGAGGCCUUCAAGAUGGUCAGCCGAGCUUUUGGAAUUCUAGGCGAUAAAGAGAAGAGGGAAAAGUUUGAUAAGUUCGGCACAGAUCCUGAUAGUCGAUUCGCCAGCGCCCAGGCGAACAACCCUUUCUUCAAUCAACGAGCCGGUGGCGGUGGUAUGGGUAGAGGUGGCCCGAUGUUCCAGGAUGACUUGACUCCGGAGGAGAUGUUCGCCCGUUUCUUCGGUGGAGGCGGCUUUGGUGGUGGUCCAUUCGGAGCCUUUGACACAGGUCCUCAAUUUGUUUUCAACUUUGGAGGAGGUCCUGGAAUCAGAGUUCAUCAGUUUGGCGGAGCGAGGCCGAGAACGCGACCCCGAGAGGCCGAUCGCGGUCGACAGAACGAAGGCAACGCUUUCCAAACAUUCCUGGGUCUACUACCCAUCAUCUUGUUCUUUAUCCUGCCCAUCAUCACAUCCUUCUUCUCUGGUGAGACUUCGACAACAUCGGCAUCAGGACCUCGCAUGGUCUACGACAACCCCCUACAUCCGUACACCGAGCAGCGCACGACACCGAAUCUGAACGUUAACUACUACGUUAACCCCGACGAAGUUGCCCAAUAUUCUGAAAAGAAGCUCAACAAGCUCGACCGUACAGCUGAACACCAGCUCUUGAGACACCUCAAGAAUGAGUGUGAGAACGAGUUGAUAUACCAACGGAGAUUGAGGGAUGCUGCACAGGGCUGGUUCUACCAGGACCCCGACAAGAUGGCACUCGCACAGACAUACACAAUGCCGUCUUGCGAGCGGCUGCAAAAUCUUGGAGUGAAAAUGUUCCAGUAUGAAUAUAUAUACAAGAUUAUCAUGCUCACUCAGUUAAUCGCGGUGCCCACGUCAUCGUUCGCGGCCCGUGGCUGUGCGAUGUCGAAUAAUCCUUGGGCUGAAGGAGGGAACGAACCUGGAUGGGAAGAUGUAGGACCCCGCCGCGACGGACAAGCAUCUUCAAUGGAUAGACCGAACCCGCAAGCUGUUCCUCCGGCCCUCAGACCCGGAAUCGCUUUCGAUAACCAAGAUGAGCAACAGGCGUGGGGAGAAGCGAGGACACAGCCAAAUAACCCGCAACAAUCACAAGAGACGCCUGCGCUGUUGAAACCAGGCGGAGACAGACCGGAAACGAACCCUUUUCUACGAAAGAAAGUUCCUUCAAGACAAGAAACACCACCGACAGAAUCAUUCUCGAAACUUGGUAUCGAAGAACCUAAUACGAACCCAUGGCAACCAGCGAUAGAGGUGCAGAACGCACCAUCAGCCCCACAACCGAUUCCAAACCUCAUGGAUGAUGUCCCUCCUAGAGGCGCAUGGACACCUACACCAGAGCCACUUCCUGCUGGAUCACCUGGUAUGGUAUCUCUACCCUCUGGUCGUGAGUCACCUGCUUGGGAUGAGGAUCCUCUGGGAAGAAAUGACAAACCUCCUGCGCCACCUAUGAAACUCUCCGCGGAACUUACUGGGGACACAAAUAUCUGGGACGAUAUAGGUGGCGCCGACAAGGGGAAGGCCAAGGCCACCGGAGAAGCCAGGCCAGCAUCACCCGAUGAUUGGAAUCUGAUAGAUUCAGAGCCAUCGCCGAGCCCUAUGAAGGAACCUGAAGAGGAGAAGCCACCUUUGCCACCCAGGCAACCAACACUACAAACUCAACCGUCAAGUUGGAGAGCAUCCAGAGACCCGAUCGACGGAAAGACGGAGACCUAUCAGAUUAAGAAUAUACAAUGGCACGACUCGACCUCGUCAAAGAACCCACGAAUAUCCCCAAUCUUGAUUCAGAAUGCAAACGGGCCUUGUCCUCUUGUUGCUCUGGUCAACGCACUAACCAUGACAACACCUGCCGAUGUCGAAGAUACUGCACUUGUGCAAACCCUUCGCUCAAGAGAACAAGUCAGUCUGAAUUUGCUCCUGGACGCUGUUUUUGACGAACUCAUGUCACCCCGAAGAACCAGUUCUGAAGAUGCAUUGCCAGAUGUUGGAGAUUUGUAUGCCUUCUUGCAAAGUUUACAUACCGGCAUGAACGUCAACCCGCGAUUUGUCCCUACAGAGAGUAUGAUAAAUGCUUACAAGCGUACAUCGUUGACACAUUUACAUCCUGCUGAGCGAGGAGACUUGAUCCCAGGAACCUUUGAGAAUACGGCUGAAAUGGGGUUAUAUGCCACGUUCUCGAUUCCGUUGAUUCAUGGAUGGCUACCACCAAAGAACGAACAUGCAUAUGAAGCGCUGGAACGACAAGCCGCAUCAUAUGAGGACGCACAGAAUCUCCUUUUUCGAGAAGAAGAGCUCGAACAGAAGUUGUCUGACCCUGAAGGUGGACUCACAGAGGAUGAGCAGCAACUUUACCAAGAUAUUGUCAUAAUCAAGGAAUUUUUAGAUAAUUCCGCGACCCAACUUACGCCUUGGGGCAUUGAAGUUAUCGGUAAAGCCAUUCGGCCUGGUACGUUUGCCAUUCUUUUCCGAAAUGAUCAUUUCAGUACGCUGUACUGUCAUCCGCAGUCGAUGCAGCUCGUCACGCUUGUGACAGACGCGGGAUUCAAGUCUCAUGAUGAAAUCGUAUGGGAGACACUAUCAGAUGUCAAUGGUGGCAACACCGAAUAUCUUUCAGGAGACUUCCGGGUUGUGGGAUCUGGCGGUCUUGCUCCUUCGACAAGUGCAGGAAACUAUUCCAAUAACGAUGGCGGAGAAUGGACGACAGUACAGAAUCGAAGGGGAAAGGGGCGACAUGAGGAUGAACCCCCAAUGAGCCCCAAUGCUGAACAGGAAGAUAGAGAUUUGGCCCUCGCAUUGCAAUUACAAGAGGAGGAAGAGGAACGACAUAGAGCAGAGGAGGCACGAAGACGAAGAGAGAGCAUGCUUUCAGAGCAAUUUAUCGAGCAACAAGCCUUUCAACCAGGAAAUGCAACACGUGGCAACCAUGGAGGUAGAGGAGGAAGAGGCGGACAACCUGCAAGAGGAGCCCCACGAGGUGGAGGCGUCACCAGAGGAGCCACUGGACUUGUUCCAGGACGCAACAGCUCCGUCAGCGCACCCACCACAAACACAACCAACGCACAGCCCAGAAUACCCGCCCAAAGAGUGCGAUCUCUCAUACCAGCUCAACCACCGAGACCACCUGUGUCACGACCAGCGGAUGAAGCAGCAGACGAUGCGCCGCCUUCUUACGAGCAGUCAGCGCACGACAGAACGUAUCAGCCGCCGGUCGGACACCCGAGUCACCCGAACAGCAGCCCUACGAUAUCGAGGCAGACUACUGCUGCGAGCGUGAAUUCGUCAAUGCCAGUGGGGCAGAGACCUUUUGGGCAGUCUGCGGGCAGACGGCCUUCGGGCCCGGGGGUAGGGUAUGUUAUAACUCCUGUCGAUGUGUGCGUGAGGGGAAUCUGUAUCCAGCUGGAUCUGUCCUCAGGGAGCAACAAAGCUUCUGAUCUCAAGGCAAGGUGCCAAAAAUAUGUAGUCUAA